GGCGAUCCAUCGCUUGGGUGAGAUCGAUCUCGAGGCGCCGGCAACCGGUAGUUGGUGAUGGGGGGUUUAGGCGAGGAUGCCUUCUCCCUGUCUUCUCUGUCGUCAUCAUCACCGUCGUCGUCGUCACCGCUACGCGCCGUCAUCCCCUACGCCGUCGAGUCGUUGUACCGUUCUGUUCCACGUCGUCCCGUCGUCCCCAACAGUGACCGCCAUCGUCGUCGUCGUCGUCGUGGUCCCCAUAGUCCCUCGCAGGCACCACCGCAGACCCGAAGAAGAAGCAAGCCUGUUAACGGCAGCAGCAGCAGCAGCAGCAGCCGCAGUAGCAGCAGCAAGCAGAGGAGAAUUCUCACCGGCGGUGCGAAAGAUUUCCUGCUCUUCGACGUUGGAUGCGUCGUCGGUGAUAGCGACGUCAGCAUCGUCGUCGACGGAGAGCCUAACGACAGCCGAGGAGGAAGGAAGCGGGAACCUCUUCGUGCAUCAGGUAAGAUACACGGUAAGGUACCGGUAUCGAAUCAAGAGCAGGAGGAAAGAAGGGAGCACCGAAGCAAGAGAAGGAGGAGGCGGAGGUGGUGGGGGCGAACGAGGUGACUCGCCGUCGAGAUGCACCAGGUGCCCUACGGACGUAGCGGCACCUCGAGCGAAGGCCGAAACGAUAGGAUCUUCUGGGAGCAGCGAAAGAAGAAGCAACAGCAGCAGCAGCAGCAGCAGCCCGAGUGUACCAAGCGAGUGCUGCAACAGCAGCAGCCUAGAUCUCGCGGUCGUGCCCGUGCCCGCGCUCGUGCCCGCGCUCGCGCUCGCGCUCGCGCCCGCGCCCGCGCCCGUGCCCGCGCUCGCGCCCGCGCCCGUGCCCGCGCUCGCGUACGCGCGCGCGCUCGAACACGCCGAUUGUCAACGGCGACGAAGACGACGAAGACGACGACGACGACGAGCGGAACUACUAUCGUCGAUCGGACUACGACUACGACUACGACGACGACGACGAGACGACGACGACAACGACGACAACGACAACGACGACGACGACGACGACGACGCGGCAGCGGUUACGACGGACAACGCCGGGCCCAACGUGGACCGCGUGUCUUCGUUGCACUGUCUGGGCCCGGUGCGCACCGUCCACAGCGGCGCCCCGCCGUCGCUGCCGUCCAAUUUGCUGCUCAUAGGAUUGGCCCUUUGUUGCCUGGCUCUGCCGGCGGUACAGCCGCGUCUCAGCGGCCACCAUCAGACCUGUCCCGGUUGUCCGCACCAGCAGCCGCAACAGCAUCACCAUCAUCAUCACGUGCACCACGAGGGCCCGGCGAGAGGCGGCCUCUUCAAGGACACCGCUGCACCCAGCCCGGACGAUCUUAGGCUGGAGGCGAUCAAACAUCAGAUUCUGCAGAAACUCGGCUUGAGGUCUCGCCCGGACGUGAACAGGACGUUGGCCACCGUGCCCCGGCACUUGGCCCUGGAAACCCUUUACCGGGCGGAGGCGCAAACGCCGCCGCGCUACUCCGACCGAUCGAGGGUCGACUACGAGAGUGAGUAUUCGGGCGAGUUCCUCUACGGCGGCGACGAGUAUUCGUACAGGAAUCUCGAUCAGGAGACCACCACCACCGAGGGUAACGCCAGGACCACCGCCAAGUCCUAUCAGAGCUACGACGACGUUCAAGAGGAGCUGGACGACUUUUACGCGAGGACUUCAGAGAUUAUCACCUUCGCCGAACCCGGGCACACGUUGAACGGCCAACCAUUGCUGGAAUUCCCAAUGUCGAGCGGCGAACCGGCAUUGGAGCCUCUGAGAAUCAAAAGGGCCACCCUGUGGGCGAGAGUUGAGCUCAAGCAUGCCCAUCACUAUCAGCAUCAUCGUCACAGUCAGAUAAACCAAAGAAAUAUCACUCUCUGGGUAUUUAGGGUGCACUGUGGUAAUACGACGCAUCUCCGAGGCAAGGAACUCGGGCAACACCUAGAGAUGGUGACAUCUCUCGUGGUGAACGUCGGCCAGCUCGGCUGGCAGAAAUUCGACGUGACGAAGGUCGUCAGCAGAUGGUACACGACGAACUACUCGAAAGAUAAACUGACGUUGCUUGUCGAUUGCAGCGGAUGCGGCUCGCACGUCCACGUAUCGACCUUCGACGGGCACUCGCCGCACGUUAUCGAGUCGUCCCUAAAUCCGAAAGGUGAUCACGAUCCAGACAGACCGUUUCUAGUCGUGCGUACAGAUCCAGCGGCCGCGAAGCGCGUUAGGAGACGGGCGAUCGAAUGCAGCGGCGCGGUAAGGGGCCAAUGCUGCAAGCAAAGGUUCUACGUCAGCUUCUCUCAGCUUGGGUGGGACGAUUGGAUUAUCGCUCCUCAGGGAUACUACGCCAAUUACUGCAGAGGAGACUGCGCGGCUGGUCACAGGACGCCGGACACAUUUCUCAACUAUUACACCCACGUGAUCGAGGAAUACCGGAAGAUGGAUCGGCUGGCUGGCAUGCAACCGUGUUGCGCGCCUCUCAAGUUCUCGCCUAUGUCGCUUAUCUACUACGGUCCGGACUCGAAUAUUAUCAAAAGAGACCUGCCGAAAAUGGUGGUGGACGAGUGCGGUUGCCCUUAAAACUACGGCAGGGAGACGAAAGAGCACGCUCGCGAGAGAAGGAUCGUCGUGCUCUGCCUUGUAUAAAAAAAAAAGAGGAAAGAAAGAAAAAGAAACGGUUCGCGAAAUCUCGUAACCGCGAGCUGUAUCGGACUCGGUCCGAUAAAUCGGUCCCAGAAACCGUCCGAAUUCCGCGAGAUUCGUCUCGCAUUAGAAAAACGGGAAAACCGGUGAUCCGCGAGCCGCGAGGGCGGGCUUUCCUGAAAACCGCCCGAGGGUAAACCGGUACGCAAAGAUAGUCAAAAGAACUAGGUAAUUUUGCUAGAUAAACACGCCACACGUCGGUGCGAUUGCGCUCCGAGCGUGAUUCGAGCGCGUGGUGAUAAAAUAAAAAUUGGCCUUUCUAUAUAUAUAUACAAAAUAUAGAACGGUCGGAUACAUAGAGUAGAUCUUACCGGUUGGUAAUUUGUAAAGAAAAAAGGAGGAAAGAAAGGAGAGAAGUGAAAAGAGACACGGCGUCUCGGUUUCAAAGCGUCGUUUACAAUACGCAUAUAAUAUAUUUAUCUAUAUCCCUCCGGUUUAUUUGUACGCGAUCGAAAAAGGCAAGGAAGAGGCACGCGCGAGAGAGUAUUCAGAGUCGGUAUUCUUACCCAAGAGCUUAGUUUUUCUUUAUUAAUUGCGUGACGAAAAUGAGAGAAAGAGAGAGAAAGGUAGAAAGAAUGAGCGAGAAUGAGAGAAUAAUUAAAACGAUUGAAAGUAAAAGACGUGACUUUUACGAUUAUAAAUAUAUGUAUAUAUGUAUAUAUAUAUAUAUAUAUAUAUAUAUAUAUAUAUAUAUAAAUAUAAAUAUAAAUAUAUAUAUACAUUCUCGGACGCAUACAUACACACGACGUGAUUCAACCGAAGUAUAGAAAUAUCGCGUACGGAAAGCGCGCGCGCGCAUUAAGUAUAAAGACGAGAAGGAAACUCAAUCUCUCUAAUUGCCUUGUUUUUUAUGCAAAACUUAUGAAAGUAUCGAAAGUAACGGUUGAAAAAGUAAUAAAAAUGCUAUUUAAAAGUCUAAAAAUAUACAUAUAUAUAUAUUAUAUAUUAUAAAUAUAUAAUACACACGUACGCACGCACGCAUACGCAGCUAUUUACACCGACACACCUAUAACGCAUAAGUACACAUAAAUCCAGUGUGCCGGGGUCGGGGUUGAAGACGAAACACGGGUGGGACGAGAAGUACCCAAAGUUCAAAAGAUGCUAAAGAAAAAUUAUUAUUAUUAUUAACUAUAUUAGUAAGCGUAAAGUUGGCCCCAAGGACUAUGACUGGAAAUAAAAAUGACUGGAAAAACAAAAACUAGCAACUUUGAGUAGAAAAAUCAGUUAAAAAACUGGUUUUUUUUCUUUUCCACUAAACGAGACGCGCUUUGCACGCGCUAUUUGAUUUUUAUUUUUUUUCUAAAUAAAUUGCAUUAAAAACCUUCUAUUAAAACAUAUUUCUAAUUUGGCAAUUUGCUAGCUUCACGAUGAUAGCUGCUCAUGAAGUCAGCGCAGCAAGAACCAAUCAGCAUCGCGGAAAAGCGAUAAUAAUUUGGCAACGUAAAAGCAUAUAAAAAAGGCUAUAAUUGUCUUUCUGAUGUUUAAAUAAACUCCUCAAAAUCUACACAAUUUUUAAGAAAUAUGCAUUGAGAAAAAAGUUAUCAGUUUGACUAAAUUUUUCAACUGGAUUAAAUUUUUCCAGUUCAACUCUUUAUGUAUUUGACUUAAAUACCUAAAAUACUUGAACUUCAGUUUAAGCAUUAACAUAUUUAACUUAAAUGCGUAAAUGUUUAAACUGAAGAAAUUCAAUCAAUUGAAAAAAUUGAGUCAAAUUAACAACUUUGUGUGUCAACUUUACGGUGUCUCUUUUAGAAAGCAAUUUUUUUAUUCAAAGUUUCUAAUUUUUUUCAGCCAUUUUCAUCUCUAUGAUUUGUACGGGGUGUUGCGAGCGUGCGUGUAUUUCGACGAUUUUUACAGACGGACACACCGACAAUUCGAUAAUCCGCAGUACGCAAAAGUAUACACGACAAUAUUCGGCACGCACACUCGUGCGUCCGAUCUCGUAACGUUUAAGAGCAUUUUACAAUUUUUCCUCAAUCCAAAUGGAAAAAAAAUAUACCGUUGUACUACCGCUGAUGUAACGAACUUCGCGAAAGCCCACUGGAAUUCGUACGAAUUUUCGCCAAAAAUACGUCCAAUUGCGAGCUACGUUCCCAACGAUAAGAUCGUCAAAAGAAUUAGAAAAUGGGAAAUUACGAGGAGAGAAAAAGUAAAGAUACGCGUGAGAUAAUUGCAGGGAAUAAAAAACAAUAACGCGACAAUAAACGAGACGCGAAAGAGGGAAAAGAUGCCUUGAUCAAAUUGACGACAAUUUUCGAGAUGGUGGCACGCAUUUCUUUUUCCAAAACAAUUCACUGAACGCGUCUUAAGAGAUGCGUUCGCGUGAUUUACUAUUCCAAGGCGACGCGCGCGAUUACACAGAAAAAAAGCUUGAUGGAAUAUAAAUGAAAUUUUUUUCGUGGGAAUGUCACGUUCGACCCACGCAGCCUUACUGGGCCUUAUUAAGGUAUCGUCGUACUAUUAUUAAAUUACUAUCAAAGUAACGAUAAUGCUUAAGUAAUGAAACAGCGGAGAGAAACAACGGCGAAUGUGGUGUGAAAAGGGCAAAAGGGUGUGAACAGCGCGAUAAUUUAUUCGAUCGACGAUGUAAAGGAAAGUGCAAUGGGCGCGAAAAACGGGUCGUGGAAAAAUUCGUGGUGAAGAAGAGAAAGAUGAGAGGGUUGCACAAUUCGCCCGCAAAAAGGUUCGAAAGUAUUUAAAAAAAAAAAAAAAAAAAAAAUAGAAGAAAUCGAGUUGCCGAAUUGUCCAUUUCCUCGGUACGAUUUUCGACUGAUCUUUUUUCUUUUUUAUUUUUCUUAAAUUGCUGGAGCGAUGAAGUAUGCGAUGGAGUAUGCACGUGCGAGAAAGGUAGAAGAAAGGUCUGUGUGCGGAUGUAUGUGUGUUGAGAGGGAAAAUUAUAAAUACGACUAGAGACAUUCCGCCGUUCAACUAGAAAAAAAAAAAAAAAAAAAAACAAGAACUACUUGCGUCCAUGGUGCAGUUUACGAAUGACUUUAAGCAAAGCGUAUUUCUAGCACUGUUAAGGAACAUUUCUUCGAAUUCCUCUACUUCUUCAUCUUCUACUAUUAUACUACUACUUACUUCUUUUUUCUACUUAAUUCCUUUUGAAGGAAAAAAAAGCUAUAAGUGCGUACAAGUCUUGAUAAAAGAAAAAAAAGCCUUUAACAAGCUCAAGGAGUGCGUUUACGACCAUUGUACCGAUCGUAAUGUAUAAAAAGCAAAAAAAAAAAAAAAUAGAUAAAUGAC